UCAUUUGCAUCUGCUGAUUACGUAUAAUCUCGCAUGACGUAUACUACGAAAUCAAUUCAAAUGUUCGUUCUACGUAAUUAUUAGUCAACGAGGUUGCAGCAGUAAUGCAUUGUAUAAUCAAUUAUUGACGCUGGUACUUUCUAACGAUGUUUGGAAAAAAGAUGGACUCCUUUUGUUUUGGGAUUUUUUCUUUAUGAACGUCACAGACAAUGUUAUGACGACAACAGUUAAAUCAGAAGAGUCUGUUGUUAUAGCCUCUGGGCGCAUGUAACAAGUGCUUGUUCUGUUUAGCUCAUGCGCCAGCUCUUCAGUAACGAAAAGGAAGUAAUACUUCGACGAUCGCAUUAAAUUUUGUAUACGAAUUCGCGUAUGGUCGCUCAGACGUCUUCUGCUGUGAACAGAUCACAUUUCAGGAUGCUAUUAUGUCAGUAAAGCUGAAAACAACAAUAUCAAUGAAAAUGGCCGCCAUGAAAGACUGUUUAGUGCCUUUAGUUCAAGUUGUGUAUAUAUAGUUUUAUUUGGCUGUAUAUCUCGAGAGCACAGCCACAAAAACAAUGGCAGACAUCGGGUGUAAUCAGGCAGAAUCCGGUGACACACUGUUUCACAGUACAGCGACGAAUCUAUCUCAGCUGCUUACAGUUGUACAUAUAUAUGCGUAACGUUAGGUCUAGAUUUUAGAAUGACGUUUUAAUAGUAUAACUGUAUUGGAGAAGUUUUAGUAUGUUUCUUAUACCGUACGCCUAAGUAUAUAGCAUUAUGUUCAGAUAUAGAUUAACGAAAGUGUGUGUUAAAAAUAUUUGAGCCUAAAUGGUACGAUUUCAAAGCAAACAUACUGUUUGGGUCGUAAUAUUAAUCUUGUACGGCCUAUCUACCGUUUAUUAUAUUGCUCUUACCAACUCAAGAAACUUUUUUCGUCUCAAAAAUGAAGUUCAAAAAGAAAUUGCGCUUCAGGCAUCGAAAAGUUUUCAUGGGACUGUAGCUGAUGUUCAGAACAAUGUUGCACCAACGCAAAAAGUGGGAUCAUCGUCUAAGUACAGUCACCCACUAUAUCCUGGUUUCCCAUUAUCUGGAGAUCUCGCCAACCCAAUACCAGGUUUCAAGCUGGGGCAUGCCAGCAAACAAACUAAAGUUGUAAUCGGCAUUCCUACGAUACAGCGAGAAGGCAUAAGUUACUUGCACCAGACGAUCGAUUCACUUCUGAAGAACAUCGAACCCCGGCGUAACGAUACAGCUAUUGUAAUAUACAUCGGAGAGUUGGACACGGAAUUUGUGCGCUCCCAAGCCCGCGAAAUUUCUGAAAAUUUCCCGAACGAAGUCGAAGACGGUACACUGCAGGUAAUCAGCCCCCCACUCAACUUUUACCCCGACUGGGAGGAGGUACUUCCCCCAAGUUUUGGGGACCCAAAAGAACGAAUAAAGUGGCGUUCCAAGCAGAACCUAGACCAGAUAUUUCUAAUGAUGUAUAUUUACCAUAUGCACCCUGCAUAUUAUCUUAUGCUUGAGGAUGAUGUGUUAUCAAGUGUAGGAUAUAUGGAUUCAAUUAUAAAGCACGCUGAGUCGAUCGAAUCAACCGAUUAUUUCUUCGUUUCGUUUUGUUCACUUGGAGCAAUAGGGAAGUUAUUCCGUGCUCGCACCUUACCAUCAUAUGCAGCGUUUAUUCAUAUAUUUUGGAAUCGUAAGCCACUGGACUGGCUACAGAUCGACUACGUGGGCACUGAGGUUUGUAGUUACGACGAAUCACAGAAGGAAUGUUUCGCACGAAGGAAGGAAUAUAUGAAAGAAUACAGACCUGCGUUGUUUCAGCAUAUCGGCAGAAUAUCAUCGUUGAAAGGAAAGCAACAAUUGCUUAAAGAUAAUUCAUUUGUCGGGUGAUGUCGCAGUUUCGGCUCUGGGAAAUUCCAAUCUGAUGAUGACGUAACACGCGAUGACGCAACGACUCUUCGAUUCCUUUAUUACGUUGAUAUAGCUGUGAUUUCAUAUAUAAUAUGACGUCACUGGUUACAAAAUUGUUACGUAACAAUAUAUGAUGAUGACGUCGUAUUGUCCUUUCGAACGUGUCAUUACCACUGAUGGUGCUCGCGACCUCGUUAACCACCUGUCGGUACUUUCCCUAUACUGAUUCUUGUUUUCCAGUGUCCCGCUUACCUACUACUGCAACCAAAUUAUGCAAUAUUUCUAUUUAUUGCUCAUUUCUAAAUAUCUUAUAUCGUAUCGAAAUUAGAAAAGUGAAACGAAUCUAA